GACGAUUUUUCUGUCUCGCUUGUUUUCUUCCAGAAUGGGUUCUAGCUGGGUUCCCUGGGUGGUGGCUUUGUUAGUGACGGUAGUCAGGCUGGAUUCCUCCAUGACUCAAGGCAGAGAUGCUCCAGAAGAUUUUGUGAUUCAGGCAAAGGCUGACUGUUACUUCACUAAUGGGACAGAAAAUGUGCAGUUUGUGGUCAGAUUCAUCUUUAACCUGGAGGAGUAUGCACGUUUUGACAGCAACUUGGGGAUGUUUGUGGCCUUGACGGAGCUGGGCCAGCCUGACGCUGAGCUGUGGAACAAUCGGCCCGAUAUACUGGCAAGGAGUAGAGCCUCUGUGGAUGCGCUCUGCAGACACAACUACAAGCUGGGUGCACCCUUCACUGUGGGGAGAAAAGUGCAACCAGAGGUGACAGUGUAUCCAGAGAGGAUCCCAGCCUUGCAGCACCACAAUCUGCUGCUUUGCUCUGUGACAGGUUUCUAUCCAGGGGACAUCAAGAUCACGUGGUUCCGGAAUGGGCAGGAACAGAGAGAGGGGGUCAUGUCCACUGGCCUCAUUAGGAAUGGAGACUGGACCUUUCAGACAAUGGUGAUGCUGGCAAUGACUCCUGAACUUGGAGAGGUCUACACCUGCCUUGUUGAUCAUCCCAGCCUGCUGAGCCCUGUUUCUGUGGAGUGGAGAGCUCAGUCUGAAUAUCCUUGGAGAAAGAUGCUGAGUGGAAUUGCAGCCUUCCUGGUUGGGCUAGUCUUCCUUCUGGUGGGGAUCGUCAUCCACACCAGGGCUCGGAAAGGUCCCAAGAGCAGUUCUUCGUCCACAGCCACAUUAAGGUCCUAAUAGAAGCUUCUCCCCCUGGAGCCUGAAGAGGGAUUGAGUGGCCCUGGAUUAAGUGAAGGACAUUCAUGAGGUCAAUGUUCUGGAUGACUCGUUUCCAUGAGAGCUUGGCGGAGUCCUGAACUGACUCUAGAGUCUUGUGUUCUGAGAUCACGCAUCUCUCAUCUUUGUGCCCUUCUUCCUCCUCCUUGUCUAUAAUAGUCCCCAUUUCCAAGGACCAGAAAUUCCCCUAAGACCUAGCUCCUUCCAAUCCCAAACUUUUUACUUUUCUGUGGUCCAGCCCUAACCCUCUAAGUCGUGAUCUCCAUCUUUCUCUCUUCCAAAGGCAGCCCCACAGUCUUCAGAAGACAAACGUUCAGAUAGUCACUGCUCCCUUUUCAUUGUUUUUUAAAAGACUUUUUCCUUUAAAAUAAAACUGAGAUAGAGAUUACCACAUAAAAUGUAUAAUUCAAUACAUGACUUAAGGCAAAACCCCUGUAAUCAAUGCUCAGUUCAAGAAAUAGAACUUUUCCUGCUGCUGCAUAAGUCUCCCUGCUGCAGGCCAAUCAAAGCCCACUCCCUCCUCUCAAAAGUAGUCAUAUCCUUGCAAACUAUUUGGGCCUUGAAUUUCCUUUGAGGGAUGAUUUUAUUACACUUAACAAUUUUUAAAAAAUCAUCUGUAGGACUAUACAGAUUGUCUAGUUUCGGGGUCAGCUUUGGUAAAUUUUGUGGGGUAGAUUGAUUAGGGUACAAAGUAUUUGUCAUUCAUCUCAUGGAGAUGUAGCUGGCCUUGGACUUAGACCAUUCUGAGAGUACGUCUAAAGAAGGCUUACAGCUUUUACUUUCCUAUUGGAAGUCCUGAGCCAUCAGGAAAGAAGUUUGCCUUCAUUGCUGAUGGGACCACAUAGGCCACGUUAGAGGCACUGGAAUUGCUGAGGGAGAGAGUAUCUCUGUGUCCCAGUUGAGCCUCCAGAGGACCCCAGCCCCAGCUACCAUCUGCCUGCAACCAUAUGAGAGACCCUCUGUGAAUACCACCUUCUAAGCUCAGUCAACUCCCAGAACUGUGAAAAAUCAUUAAAUGGCUGUAGUUUUAAGCCACUAAGUUUGGGUGUAAUUUGUUAUACAGAAAUAGAUCAUGAAAUAUUGUUUUUCAAAGAAUUUUAUCAAAACGACAAAUCUACCGGCACAAAAUUCUUUAUAUCCUGUUAGUAUCUUUUAAUGUUUGUAGAAUCUGUAGCAAUUGCAUCUUUUUGUUACAGACGUUAAUAAUUUGUAAUUUGGAUUUUUCUUCCUUAUCAGUCUUGUAGGUGGUUUAUCAAAAAAAAAAAAAAAAGAAGAAAAAAAGAAAACUCUAGCUUUGUGAUUUUCUUUAUUAUACAUCUAUUGUCCAUUCUAUUUCCUCUCUUAUCUUCAUUAUUUCCUUUCUUCUACUUUUUUUUGGCAUGUGUUUCUCCAGUUUACACAGCACCAUUUGUUGAAGACCCUAUCCUUUCCCCAUUGGAUAUUCUUGGCUCCCUUGUCAAAUAUUAGUUGAAUAUAUAUGGAAGGGUUUAAUUCUGGGCUCUCUUUUCUGUUCCACUGGUCUAUGUGUCCAUUUUAAUGUCAGUACUAUACUGUUUUUAUUACUAUAGUUUAAAACCAGGAAGUACGAUACCUCUGGCUUUGUUCUUCCUUCUCAGGGUUGCUUUGGGUAUUCUGGGUCUUUUGUAGUUUAUGAUUUUUUUGCUAGACAGGUUGCUAGUCCUACAUCAUUCACUUAAAACUUGGUAUAUUAGUCCUUUGCACGGCUAUACCACAAUUCAUCCAUUCUCUCUCUUAAAAUUAAGACUGUUUCUUUUCUCUUCAGUUACUUUUUUAAUAUGUCAUCUUGGCACAUGUAUGAGAAUUUAUUUAGAAUGUUUUUAUCUAGGAUGGAAGUCUGGGAUUAUCCAACUACCCAAAGGGAUAUACACCAAUAUUUAACAUAUCUUAUAAUUUUUUGAUGUACAGAAUUUUCAUAAUCAAGACAAAGUUGUCAGUUUUUCUUUUUGAAUUUGGAAAUAAUUUUGUUAUUCCUAACCUGGUGCAACAAACAUUCAAUUACAAGUCUCUUUAAGCUCAUGUAGGAUUGUUUCUUUUAGAUAGAUAUUGUCGUAGUCCAUUCAGGAUACUACAACCAAAUACCAUAAACUGAGUAGCUUAUAAACAGCAGAAAUUUAUAUUUCACAGUUCUGGAGGUGGGAAGUCUGAGAUCAGGAUACCAGCAAGGUCGAGUUCUGGUGAAAACCCUCUUCUAGGUUUGCAGACUGUCAGUAUCUCACUGUGGGCUCACAUGGUGGAAGGGAAGACCCUGGUCUUUUUGGCCCUUUAUAAGGGCACUAAUCCCAUUCAUAAGGGAUCCACCUUCAGGACUUAAUCACCCCCCAAAGCUCUACAUCUUAAUACCAUCACAUUAGGGACUAGGUUUCAGCAGAUACAUUUUGUAGAGGCACAGAACAUUGCAGAUAUAUGGAUGUGGAUUUUAUUGUUGUGUCAAUCAUGUAACAUUUGCACUUUAAUAUUUUAAUAGAUACCACCAAGCUCCCACUCAUUCAUGAUGCUACUAAUAAUAUACGAGAGAAUCUAUUCCCACAGACUCUUGUAAAUCCUUUAUUUAAAAAACCCAGACUAUUAUAUUUGCCAGUUUGGGGGAGAAAUAUUUCAUCACAUUGCUAUUUGAAUUUGUUUCUGAUUAUUGGUGUGUUUGAGUAAAUAUUUUAUGUUUAUUGGCUUUUGGUGUAUUUGAUUCUGUAAAUAGUCUGUAUCUUUGCCCACUUUUCUGUUGUUUAUUUUUGUUCAUUUAUUUGUUGAUUUGUUGGCAAUUUUACAUAAUAAGAAAGUUAGCCCAUUGUCAGCCUUGUGUGUUGCAAAGUUUUCUGAGCUUUACAUAUUUCUUUAAAAUUUAUUUAAUCCAUGCAAAUAAAUUAAAAAUUUUUAUUCAAA